AUGAAUGAGACGAGUUCACCGUCAAAUCCGCUGUUUAGGAAUACAAAACUUAAACUUAAUAGGCCGUCUCCAAUUAAAAAUAGUGAGGAAAAACUAAGUUCAGAAAGAGAGGAUCAACAAGAAAAGCACGUAAAUCAUCAAAGGAAAAUAAGUGAAGAAAGCUUACUUACUUAAAUUAAUAUCACGCUAAACGUCCCCCAAGGGGUAGGCAUUCCCGGGCACACCGCCAUCUCUUGGCAUGUAGAGACGAUACACAGCCUCCGUACGACCUUAACGUAUACCAAGCACCUCCAGAUGACGUCAUCGACUUCAACGGCUCAUGAGUGAGCGACUUCUCUUGAUACAUGAGUUACCUGCACAAAAAAUUCAAAAAAUGAAUUUUCUACCGACUCUCGGCAAAAGGGAAAACACGGGGCCUGGGACGUAACGCCCAGUUUCAUGCUAGAAAUUUGCGCGAAUGGUACAGAGGACUCUGCUGGGCUUUCCUUUUCGAACCGGUGAGCCUUCCUUCCCCAUGAGGUAAAAUCCAUCCCAGUCGUUGAGCAUGGGUCAGGCUCUGCCCUGCGGAUUUGCUUACCUGACAUUGUUGCUCAUUUCCAGAAUGGCAAAACCUUGCUGGAUAUAAUUAAAAUAUGCGCUUGAAGCGCCAUGGCCUCCCGGCCAUGGCUAGGCUGAGAUGCCAUAUUUUAAUCAUAAGUGAAGAAAGCAAUGAAAUUAUUUUUAAGAAGGGAAAAUCAAGAGGGAUAGUUAAAAAUUUGAAGAUCUCAAAUGAAGCAGGCAUAAUAGGUGUUAAAGACUUAACAAAAGGGCAAAAAAAGGUUAAUGAAAGAAUCAAUACUUUAGCUGAAAGAUCAAGGUCGAACUCAAAAGAGUUGACGACUUCAUUCGUAAGACCGAGAAAUGAUUUUUCUCCGUCCAUUGAAGAAGGUCAAGCCCGAUUAUCGAAAAGAAAUUUACAUCAAAAAUUAUUAGAUAUACUAACCAGGGCUGAUUUUUAAUAUUUAAAAAACUUAAAUUUAUUAGUGUAUUUCUCAAUAGGUAUGAAAAAAUAUUGCGCUAUUAAGACUAUUAAAAUAUACAUCUAUAAAAGAAAUCAGAAAAGAAGAAAAUUCCCCUUUAAAUGAAGAUUUGGACGAAACGGGCCAGCAAAAGAGAAAAUCGCAUUCAGUUCAAAAAUUGCCUUCAAAGAAAUUCGAUGAGAUUUUGCCGAAAGAAAAAUCUAUAAUGAGGUCGAACAGUAAAACCCUAAUUCGUAAGGACUCCCAAAACUCUCAAAAAUCAAUUGAAAAAGUUAAAAAGACUGAAAAUUCUGAUGAAAGUAUAAUAAUCGACAAGAAGAAGCAGAGAGAAGAAAAAGCUAAAAAGGCUUGAAAAAAAUCAAAAAUUGCGUCAUAUGCUUGGACAUGAAAAGGUGCAAAUGGAUUUUUAGAUCCUUAA